GGUUUUGUGCUUGGAGAGUGCCCUUCCUGCCUUGGCCCCUCCCUUUCCAAAAUGAAGGGGUGCACCUGGGUAUUUGUGGCAACUUUACUUUGUCAGCAGUUUUGCCUCUUCAGAGUUACAGCAGCAAAGAGAGAGAGGAAGAUGAAGAAAGAGCCUAAUCAGUACACAGAGCCCUUCAAUGCCACCCUCUCCAACAGCGAGGAGCUGCAUGGGCAUCCCAAGAUCCUCGAAUCUCCAGAUCCUCGAAUCACAGACCCACGGCGGACCUGGAUCUCCUUUGUUCACCGCCCAGAUGAUGGCAACACCUCUAAAAGGAAAUGCAAAGGCAAAGACAAGAAACUUCGUGGCCUUGUUGGGCCCCCAGGACCUCCUGGUCCCCAGGGACCUCCAGGAGCACCUGGUGCUGAAGUCACUCGGGAAGUCCUUCUGCAGGAGUUUAAGGAGAUACUGAAAGAAGCCAUUGAGCGCCGAGCAUCCCUGGCUAUUUCAGCCCAUCCUAGCCAGCUGCCUCCCCUCCUGCUCUCCUUGGAGGAGGUGUCGCCCCACAGACGUGUCGAGGAGGCAUUCCACUGCAAGCUAAAAGGACAAGUUGUUGUAGACAAGAAGACCCUGGUGGAACUUCAGAAUUUCCAGUCGGUGAGAAGGGAUUGCAGACUGACCCUGUGCAACUCCAGAGCAGCCACUCCUCUGGCCAAAGGCGCUUUCCUGCGGGGGACAGGACUGAACCUGGCAACAGGACGUUUCACAGCACCCGUGUCCGGCAUCUACCAGUUCUCAGCCAACAUCCACGUUGAUCACAGUGAGCUGAAGAGUAAAGUCCAACUCCGAGCCAGAGACAACGUCCGAGUACUGAUCUGCAUCGAAUCCUUGUGCCACCGAUACACGUCUUUGGAAGUCAUUGCCGGUCUGGAAAGCAACAGCAAGAUCUUCACUAUCUAUGUCCAUGGCUUACUGCAGCUGCAGGCUGGCCAGUACACCUCCAUCUUUGUGGACAACAGCGCUGGAGCCCCCAUCACCAUCCAGAAUGGAUCUGAUUUCAUGGGCAUGUUAAUGGGCGCAUAGCAUCACCUGCAGCAGGGAAGGAUACAGAUUAGAGCCUUGCAGUGUAUAUUUGACUGAAGAAACCUUCUCUUUGCCUCUUGAAGACUGCUUCCUGUUGGCAUCCUUUUAACCAGGCAAAGAGCCUUUCCCUUCACAGCUACUUCAGCUUGCUUUUGGAGGCUACUGCUUUUCAAGGUCCACACCAGUUCAUUCAUCAUAAAGAAUACACUUUUAUCAUUCAGAAAUGAACUCUGUGAUAUUUAAUUUGUGCUUCACCAGACACUCACUGAACAAUAGGCUGAGGUUUGUUAUGCUAGAACACGAUAGCACUUGUAAUCAGUGUGUCUUUUGGGAUUGACUGUGGGAUGCUUAAGUUUGUAAAUGAAGGAUUGAGAGGGGAAGUAAAACAGUGACUAUAUUCUAUGUGUUGUGGAGGAAGGAGACAAGGGUUUGCCAGCAAAACUGCUUUUUACACGUAGCUGUAAAUGGUACAAGCCCUCUCUCACGUUCAGAAUUUGAUGUAUUGACAAGUAGUAUGUUGAAUUCUCAGACAACGCCUGCUUCAGAAAUGGGAAUCCAAGGGUUUAACUCUUUAAUUGUGGUUCUUUACAUCUAAGUAUUGCCUUGAUGUGAUUGAUGGAGUGAAUUCCUCGCUGCCUGCACAUUAUGAAAAGGUAAGGCCAAUGGCACCAGUCCUAGCAGGAACUCCCCUACUUGUGUUCUUAUGUUUUAGUAAGAUACACGUGGGGGUCUGUUAAUGUGUCAAAUGCAUCACAGGCUGUCAAAGCCUGGCAAAGGCAGUGGGGAAAGCAGCCUUAGAUCAGGUAUAUCAUCUGCUCGGUGCUUGUUCAACUGCAGGGAAACAGUGGCUGGGUUACAGGGAGCCUAUGUGAGCUCUGCUUGGGUUAAAGUGCUAGCAAAGACCACCUAAAAGACCAUCCAGCGAAUGUUUCUGGAUGUAAACAUGUGAGAUCCAGCCCCAAAGUUCUCUGCAUAAAGCUUCAGGCUAUAAAGUCAUUUAAAGAGAGUAAGAGGGUGUUGACAUUUCAAGGUGUUACACAAGAUGUGGUAACAUCCUUGUGGUUAAAAAACCCCAUUCAUGUAAUGAACCUCUAUAGCUUUGCCUUCCAACAGACCCCUGGCCCUUGUAUUGAUCCAGCUUAGCUUGGUUGUGCCACAGUGUCAUAAAUAGGUGGUAGCAAAGCCCCAAUUGGAGUCCGGAUACUUGUUCUGGAAUGUCUGCAGGGAAUGGGGCACAUCCCUUUGAUGAUUGUGUUCCAUCUUUGAUCAACUACAAUAUCUUUGUGCAAUGAAAACACACACUGCUGGGGACAGCAGGAGGCAUGAAAACAGAGUCAUCUAUAACUGGGUCUGCUGUUCAGGUUGAUCAAUCAAUGAUGCCCCCACAAGCUCCAGUAACACUGCUGUUGGAGUGGGUGGUAUGCAAAGAUGUCUUAGUUCAAGAGCUGUAAACCAGGCAUGAAACUGGCUUUUUCAUCUCCAUUAUAAAUACCUUGAGACAGAUCUUUAAGGAUGCUAAAUGGUACUUUUUAGUCCUUUGGGAAGAACAUUCGAGUGAUGCCUACAGGAAGAGGAAGGAGAGGAUUUGAUCAAGGUACAGGGAAUAAUCAAGUAGUGCUGUUAUACAAGUACACAUGGGUGAAUUCACUUUCUAAUGAAAGGGAUGUGGCUGUCCUAACCAGACCUGUAUGACUGUCUAAAAUACAGCAGCUAUCAAUGUCCAUAUAUUCAUUCCUGCUCCACAAUACAUACCGGAAUUCCUAUGGAUUUUUUUGUGGUAUGCUCUGGGGAGACCAUGCUAUUUAGAGGCACAGCAAGUAGCAACAGUCAUCAUUUUUGGAGCUUCAGGAAGCAAUGUAACACACGAAUUCAUCAUUAAACCCUAUCAAUAAAGACUGGCUUUGAUGGAGUAAGUGGAGCGAGGGCACACAGCCCCUAUCCCAGCAUGUAUUACUGUAUGUUGUACUGUGUAUCUGUAAUAAAUGGGGCUGUUUCCUGCAUGACUCGCAGUGACAGAAUCCAAGUGGUGUGACAUGCAGCAUAUGUUGUGUAUCUAUAGAUGGGUUUGAGCCAAGUCUCACUGUUGAGUAAAUCAGAGUUAUAAUAUUU